AUGGUAGUGGAAUCUGAAGCCUUUUGCAGUACACGGAGAAAGCUGAAUGUUUUGGGCUAUAAAGAACAUUUUGGCGAGGAGAGUUUAUCCCUUGUUGUACGCCUACUGGAUGAUCUCAUUCUAGCGACACAUGGGCUACGAGAAAGUAAACGUGGAACCUCAUCCAAAAUGGUGUCGGAACUGGAAGAACAAAACAAUAUUCUGAAGGCAGAAAACUCGGCCUUGAAGGAUGAAUGUUUAUGUCUCAAUAAGAAUAUAUCAGAAAUUCAUGAGAGUUAUAAAGUUCGAAUUCAAGAUACCCGAGGUCCGAGCUGCAAUUCUUCUCGCAGUAAUCCUGACCUCGAUGGGUCUGCUCACUCAAACUCAAAUACUUCUAUUCCUCUUCCAAUUUGUAUUGACGGUCAGAUCCAUCCAUAUGCUUGCAGUGGCGGUAAAUCUCUGAGUGGAAACGCAAAUGCGAAUGGUUCUGAGAAUGGCGACGUAGUGAAUACGCUGGCUAAACGCUGCUCUGAUCUCGAGGCAAAUGUUCUGCUUCUUCAAAAGGAAAGAGAACUUACUGAAAAGAGGACGGCUGCUUUUAAGAAACAGAUUGAGGUGCGCAAUGAAGAGAUUGAUCUUCUACGUCAGCUUACUGAAGAAAAACUGCUUGAGAAAUCGGUAUUGGAGACGCGGAAGAGCCAUGCGGAUCUGAUGAUUGGACAGUUGCAGGCUCAGGUAGAUCUCUUGCAGAAGCGUAACGAAGAGUUGGAGAAACGGAUGUUCCUUCGACUCGAAGCAAUCAGUCAGUCUGCUUUUACUAUGUCAUCAAGGCGGGAUUGUGCUUCCCAAUGCGAACUUUUGAAGCACCCCAUAGACGUCAAGGUGGAUAGGCGCGAGUUGGCAGACUUGAUUGAUAACUUUGAAAAGAUCAGCAGUCACUUCCUCAUCCGGACGGAUGAAUUGGUGAAUUGUCAGAAGAAAAUGGUGCUUGAGAUAGAACGUCUGAAACGCCUCGCUCCACCUGCUAAAAAACUAGCGCAACCAGUCAAGCGGUGUGCAAUGAGAGGUACUACCAAAAAACCUCCCCCAUCUUCGUCUGCAGUUGUUACUAGAAUCGGUGCUGCUGCGACUUCUGCUGCAAAGCAGAUGACAGAAGGUUAUGAGCCUCCAAUUAAGGAAUACAUAGAGGUAGAGUUUUUCUUUGUAGUGGGGAUGUGCGAACUAUUUGAAUUUGCUUUCAUCUGUGUGGCCUCGAUGCACUGGAUGGGGCUCACUGCUCCCAAUUCCAUCUCAACUCACGGUCUGCUGGCAGAUCGCGAAACGCUGCGCGCACAGGUGGACUACCUGAAUCGCAGUCUGCGCCAGUGGUUUACAUCGGGUGAUGCAUUCACUACUGCCGCCGGGGACAUCGUAGGGGUUGGAAGCCAGGACGCGGCAACACAAUCGCUUCACCCUGACGCUACCGCUGGUAUUCGUGAAUGUGAUCAGGGGUCUGCUGGGCUCGAAUUCACCUCAGAGGACCUUCAAGCUGAGGUCUCUCGCCUCACUUAUCUAUCUAGUCAUCAUUAUCAUCACGGCCAGUCGGCAGCCUAUAUGAGCCUAAAGAAUGACACAGAAUUCGAGACCGUAAAGCGGGAGCGCAAUGAGCUUCAGAAGGCACUGAAUCAAUUCGAGCAGAAUCUUCUUAAGAUCCAGGCCGAAGUCAGAUCCUUGCGAGCUGAGAGGGAUCAGCUCUUGCUGGAACUAGAAAAGAUGCGGAAAGCUGAGCCUUCUUCAAAACCUCCAACCUUCUUCUCUGAACUUAAUGGCUCAGAGCGCUCCCUGCUCCUAGAUCGUCAAUUGACAAAUAACAUAGUUUCGAACUCCAACGAGUCGGUUCAUGACAGAGACCCUGCUGAAGUUGGGAGACUCUCACGACAUGAUCACGAUGAGUUACUGCAGUGGAAGGAAGAGAUUUCUACCCUUACAAUGUCUCUAGCCACCUCUCGCAAGCAACUAGAAGCCUCCCAAAGACGCAUUGAAGAGCUUGAGCAACAGAUAGAACAACUUAAAUGCGUUGUGGAACAGGCCACAUCGAAAAAAGAGGAGGCUGAGAAACUGAAGGAGCAGCUUCAGACCGCACUGGUUCAGACAAAUGGUCGGAACUCCUUACUGGCAAGUGAGUUAACAUUGCGAAAGAACAUGUGCAAUGAGGCGCUGAAAGGGAAACAGCUCUCCGACGCCUUGGUGGCUGAGGCUCAGCGCAAUCUCCAGUCCUUAAAUGCUCACGUUAUAGAGCUCGAAGCAGAAAUUAAAUGCAGCCACGAGGAAGUUUCGCGGCUACACAAGGUGACUUCCCAAUUGGAUGCCGAGAAGGACGCCCUCCAGGCAAGCCUUGAUGAUCGCACUGAGGAUUUGGUCACUCUAAAACGCGAUCUGGACCAGCGUACUCAACUGUUCGAAGAUAAUAAGAAAUAUCUGAACAGUGUUGAGCUGCGUCUCUCUCAAGUCACUGCGAUGGCAGCCGAGCGAGAUCGCGAGGUCCAAACAUUGACUGAACGGCUUCACCACGUAGAAGCAUCUUCACAAGUUAUCAGCCGGAGUCGAGACAUUUCGGAGGAGAAGUACGUGAAGGCCAAGGACGACAUUACAGUUCUCAGCAAUGAAGUUGAAAGCCUCAAGACUCAUUUGCACGCUCUCAGAAGUGAGAAUAAUGAUCUUCGUUGCCGUCUGGCUGAAGCUCUUCAAAAUGUCGCCUCAUCUGAUCAGAUGCUCGAUGUAAAAUUAAAGGAACACAAAGAUCUGCUAAUACAAUACGGUUCUCUGAGCAAAGAGCUUGAAGCAAUGUCAAGACGUAAUAUGGAAUUGGAACGGACUCUAGUCGAGGUGGAGGAGGCGCUGCAGGGCAAAGAGGCCGCUGUGAGAAACCACAUUGACCGCGCUCAAAAGGCCGAAUUGGCAGCUCUGAGUGCGAAGCGCAAUUGCAUCAUUGCGGAGGAAAAAGUAUGCGCCCGUCUCACCACUGCGGCAGAGACAGCAAAGUCGCGAGCCCAAGAGUUAGAUGGCGAGAUGGAGGAGGUGCGACGCGACCUCGCGGCAACCCGUGAUCUUGCUGGUGCUCUACAAGCCCGCCUGGACAGCACUGCCGACCAGGGGGUCAGUGCUGCUUCUGAUCUCACUGUCAAACUGGUUGAGUGCGAGCGCAAGCUGCGCGAUGCUCUUGACGAGAGUCUUAUUGUUGUUACAAGAAACUCCUCCAACUUUAGUGAAUCUGAUCCCAUUGGUUAUUUUCUGGCAGGCCUAGUUACUGAACUCAAUAGUACGGCUCAUCAGCGGGAGAUUAUACAACAACUGGAAUUACUUCUCACAGCCGCUCGGGAAAAUCAAAAUCGCCUACAAGCUUCCCUUGAUAGGAAGACAGAAGAAUGCGAGCAAUUGCGUAAGGACACCCACUCCGCCCAUCAGGUCGUGAGCGCGGCGACUACAGAGCCUCUGUCAGUCCACAAGCAAUUCAUCACCCACCUUAAGUACGCCGGCAGCACUUGUGUGGCCACCACUUCCGUCACACAGGCUGAUGGGGUUGACCACCCUCUCCUCUUCUACAAGCCUCUUCACCCAACGCCGUCUGUCAGUUCCACAGUUUCGCCUCCACAUGAAUCCAGUCAUGUGACCACCCCCAUCAGCUCCUCUGUAACUACCCCGAGGGGAUCUCCCACCUGCUGUCCUGCCUCUUCCGGGUAG